AUGAGCACGUAUGCUGGAGAUUUUUGCAUGAAGGGUAGAGAUCGAGGGACAAUCUCGCUCUAUCACAUCCUUACCAACCUCUGGCCUUACUACAUCACUCUUCCAGCCAGCACGUCCAGCCAACGUUGGCCGCCCCAAGCUAGGCUGUCGCUGGGCAACAAGCAGAGCUACCUGGGGGAGACGCCUCUUGGCGGGUACACUGCCACCACCAACCACCUCUGGUGGACGGCAGGACAGCAGCUGCUGCUGGGUUCACUGCCACCCAGGUCGAAGUCUGCAUUGCCACUACCCUUCCAAGGCACGCCCGUCAUGUGUCCCAGCGCUUCAAACAGCUCGGCGUCAACCAUCAGUAGUCAUGCGUGCAGCCUGCCUAUUCAAAAUUUCAGAUCCUGUCUAAUGGCCUGA